AUGAAUCUGAGCUUAAAGUUCAGGAAACACCUUGCUCCUAUAUCCAAACUAUUUAAAUAUAACCGCAAAGACUGCUAUAAGAACCGAGCUGGCUUUGCCUCCAAGAGCAACCUCACGCGACACAAACGGACCGUCUACGGCGAUAACCUCAAGGGGAAGACCUAUAUUUGCACCAACGGGGAUUGUGCGAAGGACAACCCUCCGAAGAGAUGGCCUAGAGCUGAUAACUUCCGUGCGCAUUUAAAGGCGGUCCACAAGAUUGAGCAGGUUAGCGACAUAGACCUGCAGCAUUAUUCUACUUCAUCAGAGAGCGUCGCGGAUGGGGAGCAGUUCGUUGCCCUUGAUGAUGGCAAUUAG